AUGAUGAGAGAACAGCCUCAGGAGGAGGGGGCGGAGCCAAGAAUCAGUGAAAAAGAUCAGUAUGGGGAAUCGUCGGAUUCGGAUGAUGGAGGCGGUGGUGUUAAUGAAUUCAAAGCGGUUUUUAAGAGAUAUAAGAAACGAAGGCCAUGGCCUGAUUUUUCGGAUGUUAUAGACAUCAAAACGUCGCCACUGCUCCAAUCCAGACUUGUCUUCUCCUCCCCAAAUGAAAUUUCGCCUGAAAAAGCUGAAUUAGCUGAAAAUCUGGGUCUAAUCCAUCCGUCCGAAUGGCGUGUCUACUCAUUUCCCGAUCGAAUCGGCCUCUAUUUACUUCCGGGUCUUUUGAAAAAGCAAAAUUCGGGAAUGUGGCUGAAACGAGCGUUCAGCUAUGCGAAACCGCCGAAUAUCACUAAUUUGACGAUUCAUGGGAAGGAUGUGGAGACUGAUCCCUCCCUCCUGACCAAGGCUCUCCGAUGGACGACGUUGGGUGUUGAAUACGACUGGAACACGAAGAAGUAUCCAGAAAACGGGCGGCCCGUUCCAGACGAGCUCUUUCAGUUGGGAAAUCUUAUCAGUAAUUCGCUGAAACUGGGCGAUAUGCGUCCGGACGCCACGAUCCUCAACUAUUAUCCGCCAAAGUCUGCACUAUCGCCGCAUGUUGAUAAAUCCGAACGCUCCAACGCGCCUUUGAUCUCAAUGUCACUGGGUCAAACAGCCGUCUACCUGUCUGGAGCACUCUCCCUAUCCGAACCGCCCAUUCCGUUAUGGCUGAGCAAUGGGGAUUUUUUGAUAAUGCACGGAGAGCAACGAUUGGUCUAUCACGCGAUUCCUUGCAUUGGACCGAAAGUCAAACCGGUGCAUUUCGAUAAGGAUGAGCAAUCUCCAAUGAUUUCCGAUUAUUUGAACUGCAGCCGAAUCAAUUUCACCAUUCGACAAGUCAAUCCUUAG